AUGGCUCUGGAUCACACGACAGAUCUCGAGCUGCAGGAUCCUUCAGGGAAGGACCUUCCUAAGGACCUCGUCGUUGGAGAUCAGACUCUGCGUCACUCACUUGACGUGCAAGAGUAUGAGGAACAGCUCAAGAACUAUGACCCCAAAUCUUGGAUAUCAGCACGGCUCUCUUCGCAAUCUGGGAACUUGCCUGCGCCGUCGCUCCGAACAUCACAUCCCUCCAUUUUCCGCAUCUUCUCUGGGCUUGGUGGCUCUGCAUGUCUCUCCAUCGGCGGCGGUAUAGUAUCCGAUCUGUUUGAUUCAAACGAAAGAGGAGUGGCGACUGCAGUCUUUGCGCUGGGCCCCCUGCUUGGCCCUGUCAUCGGACCAGUAGUUGGCGGAUUCCUGUCCCAGGAGGCUGGGUGGAGAUGGGUGUUCUGGCUUCUGUUCAUCCUCGGAUUCCUUACACUCCUGCUGCAAAUAUUUGCGAGCAGGGAGACCAACCUGCGAGUCAUCAUGGCAAGAAAACGUGCCUUUGAAGGCAAACCUCAACGGUGGUGGCAUCGUUUGGAUUGGUAUGGCCCAGUCGAGCUCCCACAUGCGGACGGCCACAGGGACAUCAGUAUAGGGGAAGCUAUCCGACAACCUUGGAAGUUUGUCUUCACUUCCCCAAUCAUUGGACUCCUCUGCCUUUACUUAGGGUUUGUGUAUGGGCUUUUAUACCUGCUGCUUACAACAUUGACGAGUGUCUUUGUUACAAUCUAUGGCUGGAGCAUUGGAGUCUCUGGUCUCUCCUACAUUGGACUGGGCAUAGGCUUCAUGCUCGGAGUGGUCGUGAUUGGCAGUACCAGCGACCGCAUUAUGGCGAAGCAUACGAAACAGAACAACAAUAUCCCUAUUCCCGAGGUCAGAUUGAAAGUCUGCGUCUUCUUCUCAUUUUUGAUCCCAUUGUCGUUCUUUUGGUACGGAUGGUCGGCUGAGGAACACACAUUCUGGCUGGCACCAGUAACUGGGCUUUUAUGCUUUGGGCUGGGAAUGAUCGGCAUUUUCCUUCCCAUCCAAACAUAUAUGAUCGACGCUUUCCCAGAAAACGCAGCAACGGCCACCGCCGCAUUGGCAUCUUCGAGAAAUGUGGUCGGCGCUUUCCUACCUCUGGCUGGCCCGAUUCUCUAUGAAGACAUGGGAUAUGGUUGGGGAAACACUGUACUUGGCUUCAUCGCCCUGGUUCUGAUUCCUGCCCCUUACUUCAUUGCAAGAUAUGGCGGCAAACUGCGCACGAGAGGAACUACCAGUAGUCCCAGUAGCUGA